AAUGAAAAAGAAAAAAAGAAAAAAAACAGUAAGAUGAAUGAUAUGAUUAACAAUAUUCCUUUCAAUCACUCUGCAAAUAUGAUGGAACAAAUAGAGAAAAAUCAAUUAGCUAUGAUUAAUGAUGAUGUUUAUGAAGUAUAUACAUCAUCUGAGUUCAUGAAUUACAUAGGAACUCCAUUAUCUUGUUCUGAAGAACGUUCUAAUUUUCAUUUAAUGGUUUUUUGGAGCAACAAUCAACCUCAAUCUAACUGUCUUGUAGAAGCGUCUGUGAAGCAAAAGAUCAAAGCAGCACUUCAGAGAAUAGAAACAUCCCAAGUAAUUUUACUACAGUUUUGGGGGCUGGAAAAUAUUGAAGGUAGAAAUUUUCUAUCAACUUCAGGACAACCAUUUGGUCUUAGAUAUCUAUAUAAAGGAUUAUGCUGGUAUAGAAAACACUGUCAAGGUUAUAAAUAUAGUACUGUUGAUCAUAAGGGCGAAAAUCAUGAACAAGGAACAACGGAAAAAGAUAAUCUUUUUGGUCCGCCUACACGAGUUUUCCAGCAAAAAUUGCCCGAGUCAAGUACUCAUGUGGGAUAUUACACGAACGAAGAGUUUCCAAUGAGGGAUCAUGCUGUCCAGUGCGGUGUUCGGACUUAUUUGGCUUUGCCUGUGUUUGAACCUAUUGAGAAGAAUUGUGUUGGUGUGAUUGAGCUUGUUACAGUUUGGAAAGGUGGCUACUUGACUUAUGAAGUUGAACGAGUACUGAAUCCGCUCGAGGGAGUAGAUCUCAAAUGUCCUAAAAUAUAUCUCAAUAAAGGCAGAAAAGUACAAGCAGGGAAACAAAAUGAAAGAGAGGAAAUCAAAACGAUGUUAAAAAUUGUGCGAGAAACACACAAGUUGCCUUUUGUUAGAGUCUGGAUUCCCUGUGUGAAUCUUGAAAUGGACCACAAUGGCAUGUAUGUGGGCUGCACCGAGCAUGCCAUUUCUGCAGGUAAUGAAGUUUACUUUGUCGCGGAUGAGGAAAUGGAUGCUGAUAAUCAUGUUUAUGACGAUUAUUAUUAUGAUGAUAUGUUAUGUUUCCGGGAUAUUUCCAAGUUACAACCUUUGCAGAAAGAUCAAGGGGUUGUUGGGAAAGCGUUUUCUUCUGACAAGUUGUGCUAUUGCAAGAACAUAACUGAAUUCAGCAUAAUCGAGUAUCCUUUGGUACACUAUGCACGCUGGUGUGGAUUGACUACUUCUUUUGCUAUCUGUUUGAAGAAUAGAGACGAUGCCUACAUAAUGGAGCUGUUUCUCCCCCCUGAUAACGCAGAUCCAACAAUCUUACUCGGAUCAAUUUUGUCUACAAUGGGACAGCAUUUUCGGAGUUUCAAAUUUGCUUCCGGUCAAGAACUAGGAAAUGAUUCACGUGUUCAAGUUGUUAAAGCUUCUUCAGAUAAGAAUGUGGAUUAUUUUCAUAUAUAUCAUCUAGCAAGUCCAUUUAUGCCUGAAGUAUUGCAAGCUGAAGAGCAAAGGAACCAACUAACAGAAGAGAAUAAAAAUCUCACAGGGAAAGAAGGCAGACAACCACCGAUGGCUCAAUCUGAUGUCUUAAGUAUCGAUCCACACAUUAUUUCAGAGAAGCAGUGUGUCGGUGUUACUCAUUUGCGAAAAGAAAGCAGAACCAGAAACAAAGAUUCUGUCAACUACGAUGAUCUCAAACUACAUUUUAACAAAAACCUUUCUGAUGCAGCUGAAAGCCUUCAAGUUAGUCGGUCUACACUGAAGCGAUUAUGUAGAAAGUAUGGUAUUCGAAGGUGGCCAUUAUCAAAACGGAAGAAGAAUACCAACUCAGAUAACCAGGCAUUGACUAUACUUCCAAAGAAGAACAAAUCAACAACUUCAGAAAUAACAACGUCACAUACAGAUCAUGAGAGUAGCAGCGGCAACAGUUGUUUCACAAUUAAGGCAACAUAUGGAGAUGAUAUGAUGAAGUUUAAACUGUACACAUUUUCAAGAAAAGAUGAUUUGGACAAUGAAGUGGCUAAGAGAUUGCAAUUACCAAUUGGAGGAUUUAGAAUAAAUUACAUGGAUGAAGAUAAUGAUAGGAUAUGGAUUGCCUGUGAUGAUGAUUUGAGGGAUUGUUUUAGUAAUGCACAAUCAUUAGGGAAGAACACAAUUAAGAUGUUGGUUUUACCAGCAGCUAUAAAUCAUCAUCUUGAAUUGUAAAUUACUUUGUCACAAAUUUAGUAAUUCUUUAGGUGCCUACGUUACGCUCUGCUGGGGUGUGGGUGAGAAGCCUCAUUAUACAUAUUAUUAUUAUAUUUGUUGUUUUAGCAAACAUUAUACAUAUGAUAUUUCAUAAUCUAGUGAUUGAAAGAUCUUCAAA